AGCCCAGCAUUGGAAGAAUGAACUCUUAUUUAGAAUAUAUUCCCAGUGCAGAUAUUCUGACGUUUUCUCCAAAGUUCUGUCGCAGUAAUUCUCCUUCUGUCUCGUUGAAGCAGUGCACCGGAGAAGGUCGGUACAUAGCACUUGGACCGGAAGGUGAUCCAUCUCCCAGCCGUCAUCACCUUAAUCACCUUCAUCAGGCCGUACCGGGUAGCUUCGAACUUUCCUGCAACUCCUCUCCAACUGCAGACAUUAACCUCUUACCUCCGAGUCAUCACGGCUGCGACUUUGCUUAUGCUGCUAACCAGCAGCUGGAUGACACUGGGGGACUUAUCCCAUACACCACCUCUGUUUACUCGGGAGGCACAUCUUAUCCGAUCAGUACGCGCCAGCACGAGUACAGUGUCUUUGGUGAGCAGGAGCGGGAGCAGGAGCAAUACCAAAGCUAUGGCAAUGAGUUCGCAAACUUUUACUCCGGGCAAUAUCAGAGUCUAUCCCCUUCUCAGAGCAUCUACCAGAGUCCAGAGUCUCCCACAAUGGAAAAGAUCCUCACUGCAAAUACCUUCGAAUGGAUGAAAGUGAAGAGAAAUCCCCCCAAAACAGCCAAAGCAACCGAGUACGGGGUCGUCAGCUCUCCAAACACAGCUCGUACAAAUUUCACCACCAAACAACUGACGGAACUGGAGAAGGAAUUUCAUUUCAAUAAAUACUUAACUCGAACCAGGCGCGUGGAAAUAGCUAACGCCUUACAACUCAGUGAAACCCAGGUGAAGAUUUGGUUCCAGAACAGAAGAAUGAAGCAAAAGAAGAGAGAGAGAGAAGGCCUCCUGGCCAGUCUAACCUGUUUAGGCAGCAGUGACGACUUACCGUUCAUAAAAACUUCUGAGAAAUUGGACUCUACCUCGCCGUUCCCCUCGUCACCAACAAAGGGCACGUCAGAUUCUCUGAAACUUGCUGAAUUGAAAUAACUUGCUCUGGAGAGAGAAAAAAAAUCAGAACAGUUCUCAAACCACAUAAUUUACACAAAAAUACCUGCCACAAUAUAUUCGAAUCACUUAGAACACGACAAUAAUUUUCACGUUUAUUAUAUAGCCAGAAAGUGAAGCCUUUUUAUAUGUUGGUUUGAGAUAUACUUAAAUGACGUAGCUAUUGAACUGGGUAUUAUGAAGUUUAGUCGAUAUCUUCACUUUGACCUGCAAUGUGUAUUCACAAAUGUACCAUUCAAAGUUAAAAGCAAACGUGAAACCACAUGCAUGACUCAACUGGUGAUGGUAAACCUUCAGAACACGUUUGCACAAGCUGUCAGUCAGAUGUUGUAAGCUCUGACCAUGAAUAGGCUGCCUCAGUGUUGCAGGUUUAUUUCUCUAUAUACUGCCUUGUGAGAUUGUUACUUUGUGAGGAGUAAAUUGUUUACAUGUAUGGUAUUUUUAUUGAUUUAUGUGUGAUGACAAUGAGAAUGUACCGUAGCAUGUUUGACACAGGUCCUCAAUUGGUGGAAUUUGCACAAUUUAUGCCUCAGGUUGAAAGGUUGCAGUUGCUGCUAUGUAACUUUGUGCCUAUCUACAGUUCUUUUACUAAUAAUAGUAAAUAUGAUACUUGGAUACUCUACCUCCAUUAUAUACUACUGUAAGUUAAAGAAAAUGUGAUCACGUUGUAUUUUGCUUUAUUAUAUGAAUUGACUUAAAAGCCUAUAAUUUUUAAUCUGUGUCAGGAAAUAAUUUGUCAGCUUUCGUAUUGUUAUUGUACAACUAAUG